AACAGCUGACUGAAGCAUUUUUAUCCCCUUCCGUCUCUUUCGGUGUCAUAUUCGAGAGCGAAAUUUUAAGUUUUAUAAAAUAAAACAAAUAAUAAGGACGCGAGACGCACUGGCAAAUGGCGAGUCACACCUGAUGAGAUGUUUAAAGUCCUGAUUCCUGCAUUUCCAAUCAAAAUUCCCAGUGCCAUUGCCAGACGUUUCAAUAUAACAAAUAACAUCAAAGGAAAACCCACGGAAAUGGAAACCAGCUACGACCACAACAGGAGGUGGACGCCCGUUCAGGAUGGCAAUAGUGACAACAGGAGCGCCAGAAAACUGCCCACCUUUAAGCUAGUCUCGUACAACAUACUGGCCCAGGACCUCUUGCUGGAGCAUCUGCAUCUGUACCAGAACAUCCAGAAGGAAUUCCUCACGUGGCGUCGUCGCCAGCAGAACCUGCAGCGAGAACUGAUCCGGCUGAAUCCCGACAUCCUGUGCCUGCAGGAGAUCCAGUUCGAUCACCUGGCCCCGUUCAUUCAGGGUCUGCGCGUGGGCAGUGGCCGGCGACUGGCGUAUGUGUACAAAAAGAAGACUGGACAUCGGACGGACGGCUGUGCCAUUGUCUAUGACUCGGACAAGUUUCAGUUGCUGGAUCAGCAAGCUGUGGAGCUUCAUGACCCCGAUGUGGCUCUGCUCAACCGCGAGAUGGUGGCGCUAUUCGCCAAGUUUCGGUUCAAGGACUAUCCGGAACCCAAGGAAUUCGCAGUGGCCACCACCCAUUUGCUGUACAACCCAAAAAGGUCAGACGUGCGCUGUGCUCAGGUGAGCAGAGCUCUAAGGGAGCUGAACACCUUUACCGCAGACGAAACACCUGCAGUCUUAACCGGCGACUUCAACAGCGAGAUAUUCGCUGCACCCAUGAAGCUGCUAAUCGGCGAGGAAGGAAAGAGUGAAGUCUGUAAAGAGACGGAGAUGUUGCGCUUCAAUCUCAUCGAUCCGGGCGAGGGUACUGUCUCCACGUACCAGGACAACUGGAUCACCGUGGACUACAUCCUGCGUUCACUUGACGCCAAACGAAAGCACAAGCUGCUGCCAAUCAGCGUCUACUCACUGCCCACGAUUCAAACCUGCUUUCGCGUGGGCCAGAUUCCCAAUCACUAUCUGGGCUCGGACCAUUACGCCAUGGGCGUCAUAUUCUGUGUUGUCUAGUUCUUAAGAUUGUCCCCCUUAUCAUCUACCAGACAUUAAAGUGUUCCAACUCA